CGUUUCAGCGCUGAAGCAUAAACCAGAAUGGGGUUGAAAGGAGUCGCCUUCCUCCUCCAGUGCUCGCUGGCGUUGGCUGCAGCCAUGUAUUUUGAUCUGGGAGAGCAGGAGGAAAAAUGCAUCAUUGAGGAGAUUCCUGAAGACACUCUGGUGACAGGACACUUCUUCUUAGAGCCAUGGGACGUGAAGUCUUUCGAUCGCUCGGCUCUCCUCGGUGUCACCGUUACAGUCAGAGACCCAAACCACGAGAUUCAGAUGUCCAAACGCUACGGAAAAUUUGGUAAAUUCACCUUCACAGCUCACGCCUCUGGUCAGCACUAUCUCUGCUUCCAAACCAACUCCACAAGGUUCUCCGUUUUUGCUGGAGAGAGGCUGAAACUACAUUUGGACGUUCAGAUGGGCGAGCACUCAAUUGAUCACAGUGUGGACAGAACCAAAGACAACCUGCAAACUCUGGAGGAAAAUCUCCAGCACCUCAUUAGUCAGAUGACACACAUCACCAGGCUGCAGGAAUACCACAGGGAAAAAGAGGAGCUAUUUCGUCAGAUCAGUGAAGAAACCAACAGCAAGGUGUUGUGGUGGGCUGUGGUUCAAACCUUCACUCUUCUCUCUGUUGGUUUCUGGCAGAUGAAACGACUCAAAGACUUCUUCAUAGCCAAGAAACUGGUGUGAUGAGGACUUCUGGCCAGGAAAGAUACACUUCCUGGUUUCUGCUGUGCAGGUUCUUCUUCACGGCUCUGCUGUUCCAAGACAUAAACAUUAUUUCAGGACUUGGAAAUACAAGACAUGAGCAUUUGAGAUGAUUUACAGCUGAGUAUGGGUAAAGAAAUGAAACUUAAAAAAUGUUUCACAAAAUUAAUCUACCUUUUGUUGAUGCAAUGCUUUAAUUCAUGUGAUUGUCACAGUUCAAAUGUUUAUAUCCACUUGUUAAGAGCAUGAAUGUCAUCUUAAUGUUGGACUUUUAAUAAACUAUUUGAAUUUGUCAAAG